CGCCGCCCGCCGCCGCACUCGGCGCCCGGGGCUCUCUGCGGAGGCAGCGCGGGCGAAGGGGGUCCCUCGGCCCCCGCGUAUAAAAAUCUUGCCGAAAGGGGGGGGCCAAAGCAAAAAACAAACAAACAAAAAAAGGCAAACCCAAACCCGAGCCGCAGAGCGAGAGGGCGCGCGGGGGAGAGGCAGCAGCACCAGGCAGCCCGCCCGCCGGCAGGAGGAGGAGGAGGAGGAGGAGGAGGAGGAGGAGGGACCGCUGCGCCGGCCGUGCCCGCCGCUCCCGGCUGAAGGGCGAGAGCCUCCCGCAGCUCCAAUACUGGAAUCUUUUCUUCAGCUCACCAGGGAUUACAUUCAGCCUGUCAAAUGGAGAAGACUACUAGUACAGGCCCACUUUCUGCAAACAUUAUGCAGGACUUGCUUUUGAAGUAAACCAGACUGCUGCUGCUAAACUACUGACAGCUGCUUCAGACAUUUGAAUGCCAGAAUGCAACAGCAACAACAACGUCGAAUGUUCACAGCUGCCCUUCUGGCACUUGUUUUCAUUCUGGCAGCUGUGAGCACCACUGAGGCUGGCAAAAAAGAGAAACCAGAGAAAAAAGCAAAGAAGUCUGACUGUGGAGAAUGGCAGUGGAGUGUCUGUGUGCCCACUAAUGGUGACUGUGGCCUGGGGACACGUGAAGGCACUCGCAGUGGAGCUGAAUGCAAACAAACCACCAAGACUCAGAAGUGUAAGAUUCCCUGCAACUGGAAGAAGCAAUUUGGAGCAGAGUGUAAAUACCAGUUCCAGGCCUGGGGAGAAUGUGACUUGAAUACUGCCUUGAAGACUCGAACUGGAAACCUAAAGAGAGCCCUUCAUAAUGCUGACUGCCAGAAGACUGUCACAAUCUCAAAGCCCUGUGGGAAGCUUACCAAACCCAAACCUCAAGAAUCCAAGAAGAAGAAAAAGGAAGGCAAGAAACAAGAGAAGAUGCUGGAUUAAUAGAGCCAACUUGGGCAGUGUGAGAAAGGGACAUCAGCAAACAUGAUCAGUUAACAGUUUCAUUUAUACUUAGACAUUUUAUGCUAAAAUUAUUUAUAGCUUAAUGGUACAAUAGAAGGAAACAAGCAGACAUACAGAAAAAAAAUCUUUUUUUAUUACUUUAGUGUUUUUAAUGUAUAACCCUAACACCAUUUUUUAGAGGCCUGCAAUAAAGGACUCCAAACUCAUUUAGAAAUUUAUGUCUAUUGUAUAUUGAACAAUGUAGAAGUUUUAAAAAUAUUUUUUCUCAAAUAUUGCUGUAAGUCUCAAUCUUGUAAUUACUCCAUGCAAGCAGAACCUGAACCUAUGCAGAGCCCAGCUGAAGCCAGUGGUGCCCUGCGUGGACUGAGGGGUCUGUCUGGAUGCAGUUAUAUUUUAAGAUUGGACCUUUUGUCUGAAAAAGACAGAUUUUGUUUCUUAAUUUCGUACUACAUCUGGCUAACUGUAUGAAAUCAUUUGUUUAAGGAAAGGAUGAGGGCGUGUUGUUGAGUAUUUGCAGGCAAAGAAUUUUUUUUUAUAUGUGCUGUGAAUGUUCAUUCCAAAAUGCCACCAUUUCUGGGCAAAAAAAUAGUAGCAUUGCUUCUUUUCUUGGCCAUAUUUUUCUUGUAUGCAGUAAAAAAAUUCUUAAAUACUUUCUUUCAAUGGCUGGAUAUGGCAGAGUCCUAAAUUUUCGUGAUUUUGAAGUAGGCUAAGAAGACUGUUUUUUUUUCAAGGUGGAAUGAUAGCAAUACUCUCCGUUUUUCACCGUGGUGGAUGAUAGAGGCUUGUGUUUUAUCUGCAAAAGCAGAAAAAUGUUUUAUUUUGUUUGUUUAUUUUGCCAGCAGGGAGAAUACUCUUUUCACAUAAAUCUAGUUGAAAGAGUUGUGAUUCUGCCUGACCCAAUUCCCUUUUGUAGCAGCAGGAAUCUUCCUGUUGAUUCAGUUAUAGCUGGUUGAAAAACAGAAAGUAUCUCUGGUGGAAAGUAACAGAAGAAAUCAUUUUGGAAACUGCCUAGGAUAGUUCAUAUUUUUGACCAAGAAGGAGAUAAUUUGUGGGGGCUUAAAACCAAUAGAAUCAAAUUAAUUUUUAUUUCUCUAUUAGUUAAGCAGAAGGGAAAUAACAGAACAGUAUCUUUUGAUUUCAUCCAUUUUAACGUAAACAAAACAGCUUUGGAAAAUUUCAGCCAAAUUAAAAAUAAUUUUGUGGAAAUUUUGUUUUAAAAACAGCCUGUGAAGGAAGAAAAAAGAAAAAGAAAAAUUAUAAACAGCUGGUUUUCAUUCUGCCUCAUUUUACCUGAAUAUUUCAAAUAAUUAUGAGUCCUGAGAGAAGUCACAAAGUAGAAAAAGAUCUGACAAAGGGCUGAUCUGCAGAAAGGAUUGUUUUACAAAUAGUGUUCAGCCCAGUCUUCUUAGAGGAAAUUUAAGGGAUUUCAGUGCCCAAAUUAAUUUCAAAAUCAUUACUUUUAAAAUCUAAAUCUUACAUUUCAAUGGCAGGAACUAAGCUCUCUGCCAUUUGUAUAGGUCCCAGGCCUGCUCGCUGAUAGGCUCCCUUAUGUUCCUGCAGAAGUCUACUGACUUCAGUGAAGCUGCAGCAAGGUAUAUUCAUAUGAGUAAAGCGUUUUGAUCUUUUGGCAUAUAGCUUGUAGACAUGGCAGAGAGUCUUUUCUCAGACUAACUUCAUACUCCCCUUUUCUGUGCAAAAAAUACUCUAAAACUUGCCUUGUUUUUGCUCACAUAAAGGGAACCACUGAUCUGAACUCACAAUGAGGCAACUCCUCCUAUAGACAUUCCCAAGCCCUUCUGAAAUCAGUUAGCCAAAGCUAUACAUAGCAUAAGAUAGCUAGCCACAGAAGAAUUUCCCACUCUCUGUGGGUGAGUUUUGCAGUCUCUGUUGAUACUUUUCAUGUUGUGACUACACUGUUAAACAUAUCUGAGCAGGUGGUAUAGUUAAAAGUGUCCCCAACAUGUGGUGGACAUACAAUGACCAAAUCCCAAAUAACUUCUCAAGCUGACAUUUGCAAAGGCUUAGAUCUGGGUGAUUCUGGGUGCUAUUUGGUUUGUUCAUGGCCAAAUCAGGUAUACUAGUGUUCACGCCUCAGAUUUAAGCUAAUGGAUUGGUAAGUCUGAUUGAAGUGAAGGCAGGAAGAAGCUUUUUUACUUACCAAAGGUUUGUCUGUCUAAAUGCUGCAUCAGUUCACUUAAAAUGGUUCAACUUUGAGUGAAAACACUGUUGCACCAUUGUAUUACAUUGAUUAAUCUAGUCCCUGUUUCACAGGGAGCUGGCAGGGGUUGGGAAUGCUGCUGAGACCAACAGUCUGACUCUCUUUUAGCACACCUUCAGACAUAACUUCUGAUUUCCGCUUCUGUGAGUAAAAAGAAAAUAUAUUCGUGUAAGUUCAUCCUCUGUGACUUCUGGCCCUUAUGAUUAACUGCCCAUCUGGGCUGUUAAAAGAACAUUCCUAAUAGUUUUUGAAGGAGACCUGUCAAGUCUUCAUGAUUAUGACAGAAGUGUAGGCACUCCAUGGAAAGAGUUUACAGCAAACAAACAAACAAAAUCCAUGUUUGGACCAGAAGAAAGCACAACAGUGCAAGGAGCAAAGGUGUGAAAUAAGAGAGCACUUCCUCUGUACUACCCGGUCAUGGAUGUUUGGAUCUACAAUGUAUCUUCUUGUUAACAAUAGUUGGGUUAUAUAUGUCAUGCUUUAUAAAGAAUGAAGAAAAUAUCCAAGAAAACAGUAGAAAGCGUUCCGGAGGGGCUGUGCCUAUGACUGAAGAGAUAAAUAGUAAUUUCAUAGCCAAACACGGAGGAAGGUGAAAUGGAAUAGGUCAGUCAGAUCAGCUCUGAAAGGAAGUAACUCUUUUCCUAGAAGAACAGGAGUAAUUGCUUCACUAGUGACAUUAUCUGAGAAAGCAAGAGGCAAGUGUCUGAACAAAUCUUCUUCCAGCUCCAUCUUGCUCAAAAUUUCCACCAGAGUUAGUCAGAAAUUCCUCCUUAUUUGUUUCCUAAUCUUCUACUCUCCUUCUUUUGAGAGGUCAGCCUGUCUGAUACUGCAAAGGGGGUUGCUGCUUCAGAUGAAUUAUGUUUUGUCCUUCUUGUCCAUGAAGUGAUUCUCUGUUAUAAUAGAAAAUGAGCAUAAAAGAAUGUCACACGAAACAACACAAAGUUUCUCUGGAUUGAGGGUUAGGGUUAGGAUGAGGGAUGUUCAUCACCUAAGGAUGAGUCUGCAUCCAGACCCUGGGUUGCAGCAACUUUAAGUUUAGGGAAGUUUGGAGCCUCUAAGUAGGCUGAACCAUUCUCCUAAGCAAUGAGGCCUGUCUAUGUCUUGAUUCAAAUCAGUAUUUGGGAAUUGGGGCAUUUUCUCAUUUUGACAUGUCUCCUGACAAAGAUGUCCAGAUUGAAAGAGAAUCUUUACUUGUCAGCUUAACAUAUUUAACAGACAAAACUAUUGCAUAAAGUAUGUUUUAGGACAGGGUUCCUGGAAGGGAAGAAAUGUACUGUACAUUCAGGUAAAUACUAAGUUGUAAACCACCAAUUCUGAUCUUCUAACUCCAUAAUGACUUUCUGGAAUGUGCUACUUUUCAAGGGAGAAGAAUAAGGAGAAAUGUAAGAACAAUAAUUAUAUAACUUUCCAGAAGACGCUGUAGCAUAGUUCAUGGGGCCCUUUUCAAGAAGAGAAGGAUACUAUACUGGGAUCAUUUGUUACAAACUUUUUUUGCUUUCUCCUUUGAGCAGAGAUGGCUGGACCACUUGGUAGGACGUUCACUUUUAUGCUUUGCUUCAUUUGUGCCUUAAUGAAAACUAAGCAAAUGUAGAAUAUUACUAAAAUGCAGAGAAGCGAAGAGUCCCAUUCCAAACUCAGAAGAAUAUGUCCACCAGGAGGUAGUGGCAAAAGGAAGCAGUAGUAUGACUAUCUUUCCUGUUGUAGGAUUGCAAGUUAUGAUGAUAUUGGUAGCAUAAAACAUUUCUUUCAUCUUAGUGUAUAUCUUGUCCUUCAUCAAUUGGCGUGUGGUCAUGGACAAUUCAAGUAAUACAGCAGAGCAUUAGUUAUGAUGAACUACGGGAAGUGAAUACUUACCUUAUGAGAGGUUUUUAUAAGUUAUAAAAAACUUAGUACUAACCAUAUUGUUAGCAAGGAGCAUCUAAAGAUAAAUACCGUAUAGCUUUCCCAUUUGUUUAAUGGAAUUCCUUAACAAAUUACAAGCUUUCUUUGAGGCUCUGUAGUCUAACAUCAGAGGUGAGGGUGAGGAAUAAUCCAGCUAGGUGUUCCAAGGAUAUUUUCUGUGUAGAAAUAUAUUUUCUGUUCUCAGUUGCAGCUGAAAUCCCUCUGCAAUAUUAGUGAUAUAAAUCUGCCACUUUUCUAAAGUGAAAUAUUGGUGAGGUGAAUCAUGUCAGCAUGUUGUAACAGUGUUCCGCGUCUCCCAAAUACUUAUAGGAAGGGGAAAGAGUAUGUGAAUGAUGGUAAGUAUCUUAUAUUCAAUCUUCUUAAACCUCAACAUCAUUUUCUCUGAACUUCUGACUGUGUUCUCUCUUCUAAGGGGACAUACUAUAUCUACUGCCUGCCUUCACCCUUAAUUUACCACUAAUUUUGAUAGUAUUCAGAAUUUUUCUGUCAAUCCUGCCAAGGAACUCCACUUUCCACCCAAACUUCUGGAGACACUGUUGAACUCCUCCUCCUGUUAGAGGAUAUGCUUUCCACUCUUGGCUGGCUGGUUGCAAAACAACCCCAGCAAGCGCUUACUACCAGUCACUUCUCAUUGUGUCCUUUUAGAAUUAAAAAUAAAAGAACUAGUAGCAACUUGUGAAUCAAAAGAUGAGAAUGAACAAGGCAAUACAAGAAAAAGCAAAGAAACUCUCUGAAUAUUUUAGGAGGGUGGUAGGUUUGCUGGUAAAACAUUUGUUGUGUAGAUCAGCCUAGGGUGCCUAGUGGAUUGACAUGCAUCAGAUUUGGUGGAAGAGGAGAGGCAGUGAUGAAAGAGGGGCUGCCCUCAAACAGAAAAGCCCCUUAGCUAGGUAAACAGUGGCAAGAAGCUGCAUCCUUUCCUACUACAUCUUCUUUUACCGUCAGAUUAAAGGGAAGAGAAAUGGCACAUAGAGCUUCAGCAACAGUGAGAGAAGAAGGGCAUGGAGACAGCCUCUUCCACCCCAUGGGUGUUUUCAUUUGGAGAAGGUCUAGAUAAUUUUGUUUAAGCAGCAAAAAACUUUUAUGUGCUUAUGAACCAAAACUAAACAAUACCAUAUCUAUUUAUUCCCCUGAUGCUCCUCUUCUGCCAUUCUUCAAAAAUGUCCGUUUGCCUUGUGGCCUAGGCCCUCUGACCCUAGCAAUGUCAAGAUACUUGAAGGAAAACAUGAGAACUCAACUAUGUUCCCUGUCAUUAUCUCUUUGGUGAGAGCUGUGCAAGCCCUUGACCCUUUCUGUGGUUUGCCGUUUAAGUGUGGAGUAUCUUAAAGUGCCAGAUGGCUCAAAACUCAGCUCAAAACCCAAAUCUUACAGCCUUUAAUUCCUGAUUGAGGUACCUAUAGCAAGUACAGUUUUCUUAUACCUUUCUUUAAGAAAAAACUGAAAGCCUGUGUCCUAUCUAUGAUUUUACUGAUGAGCUAUGACAGAGACUCCCCAAGUGUUCCAAUCUUGGAAGGUCAUACAAAGUUAAGGAUUGUACAAAAACUUUGGCAUUAAAGUCUAUGCUAUAAAGCUAGGAAAAUAUCUAGUUCCUGCAGAGCCCAUAGCCAACUUCUUUUAAUUAAUUACGCUGUUUGAGUUCCCUUAUCCUAACUGCCUGGCAACAAGAGACUAUCUAACCUUUUUUCAAUGCAUCGUUCAUUACACUGCCUGUGUUAAAAUUAUAUGGUUCGUCUAGAUUUUUUUACAGCUACUCCAGAGGCUGUUGUAGUCACUGAGGGGGCUUGAAGCAGAAUGCAGGCUAGUACUGCUGCUGCUGGAGCUUGAAACCACCUAAUGAGGAUUUCAGUAUCAGAAACAGUAUCUAUCUAAAAAUAUACAUAAAUGUGUACUACCUAUCUAUAUAUAUACACACAUAUCAAUAUAUACAUAUAUCCGUAUAUGGAGAGGCAAAAUUCUAUAAUAUAGAGUGUAUCCAUAACUCAAAAUGUGUCUCACAACUAUACUGCCAUGUUUUAAAGCUAAAGCAGAAGGGAAAGUGCUUUUUUUGUCCUCUGCUGUGUUACACAAGGGCAGUAUAUAAGAUGAAGAACUAGGUUUCUGCCCGCUCCUCAGCCCAGCAGUUUAAGGAUAGCAUCAGAGUGAUGCUCUCUUGUCACACCGAGUACGUGGAAGGGCCUUGUUUAAAACUUCAGAGGGGAAGAACUGAUUCAGUUAAGUGUGAAUAUAGAAGCCUAGAGAGAAAAAGGCUUUUUUUUUUCUGCAAAGAACAAGCAAAGAAAAUAAAAAGAGCAAAUAAAAAAUUCUCUUGAUACUUGUAGUUCAGAUGUUAAACAUAAAAAGGAAUGAAAAUUAAAAUAACAAAGCCUGAAUAUCAUGUUCAAUGAAUUGCUAAUUAUGUAUAUAUCUAUUAAACCAGUGCUAUAUGAUAUCUUCUCAUAAGUUACCCUCUUUUCCUAUUCCUUUUCCUUUUUUUUUCCCGAUUUGUAUAUUGAUUUUGUAAGCUAGUAGUGUGUUACCUUUUCAAUAUUUUUAAACUUGUAUGAAAGCCAUAUAUCCAUAUUGUAGAAUGAAAGCAUUAAUCCUGUAACAUCCCUUAAUGUUUCCUUUAGCUCUGUGGGAUUGUGGGAGGCCCUAGCAAAUAUGUAUGUUUACCAAUUGUAUCAACAUAAUUUACUUGCUCGUAGUGGCGAUAAAGAAUUAAAUAAACUAAUACACAGAA